AAAAACAAUGUCUCGAGCUCCUUCGCCAUGGAAGCCCUAGAAGAAAAAGUGGCUUCAGAUGCUCAAGCCUGAGAGCUCGGCAUAAGGAGGUGCUCAAAAAUGAAGACGCUGAUGCGCCAUGGGCUGGCUGUGUCUCUCGCGCUCACCACCAUGUGCACCAGCUUGUUGCUCAUGUACGGCAGCAUCGGUGGAGGCGGCGGCGGCGGCGGCCGGAAAGAGCCAAGCCCGCAGCAGGUGGCGGCGGCGGCCAGCGUGAAAGCCCCCAGCCCUCGCCCGCCGGGCGGCAGAGGCCAGCGACGCCUCCCGGGAUUCGCCGCUCGCCCCUUGGAAGGCUACAUCAGCAUCCUGGAUCACCAGCCUUUGAAAAUGCACUGUACAAGUUGUGCUCUGGUAUCAAGCUCGGGACACCUUUUGCGAAGCCAACAAGGCAGCAAGAUUGACCAGACAGAGUGCGUAAUACGAAUGAAUGAUGCACCCACACGGGGAUUUGGAAAAGAUGUUGGAAACAAGACAAGUUUGCGAGUCAUAGCUCACUCCAGCAUUCAGAGGAUUUUGCGGAAUCGCAACGAACUGUUAAAUAUGAGCCAAGGGACGGUAUUUAUCUUCUGGGGUCCCACCAUCUAUAUGAGGAGAGAUGGAAAAGGGUUAGUUUAUAAUAAUCUGCAACUGAUGAAUCAGAUUCUACCUCAAUUAAAAGUAUACAUGAUAUCUCGGCACAAGAUGCUUCAGUUUGAUGAUCUCUUCAAACGGGAAACUGGAAAAGACAGGAAGAUAUCCAACACUUGGCUUAGCACUGGAUGGUUCACAAUGAGUAUCGCAUUAGAGCUGUGCGACAGGAUAGACGUCUAUGGCAUGGUGCCACCAGAUUUCUGCAGGGAUCCCAAUCAUCCUUCAGUACCUUAUCAUUAUUAUGAACCGCUGGGACCCGAUGAAUGUACAAUGUACAUUUCACAUGAACGGGGAAGAAAGGGCAGUCAUCACCGUUUUAUCACAGAGAAACGAGUGUUUGAGAAUUGGGCCCGGACAUUCAACAUUCACUUUUUUCAGCCAAACUGGAAACCAGAAUCACUUACUAUAAAUCAUGCUAAGAUUAAACUGGUGUUCUGAGGAAUGAACGCACAAGGCUGCAAUCACAAUCACCAACUGUAUCAGGCUUCGGGGGAUUGAACCUCAUAUCAUAGCAAGCCAACCUAAAAAAGAAAGGUUAACAGGGUUUGCGGAUAAAAACUGUUACAAUAUUCAGGAAGUUAUUGCAAAGGAAUACCUGAAAAGGACACCUGGUAUCCAGUUGUAUUGUAAUCAAAUAUUUUAACUUCCGUUCAUCGACCUCGCAUAUGUGUAUGUGGUUUGUUAAAAAGAAGGAAAAAAAGUAUGAAGAAACUACAGCAUAAUGAACAUAAUUAAAGAGAUGUUUAAUUCAUUAUGUUUUUAAGGCAUAUUGCCACUGGGUUUUCAUAGUGACAUUUACCAGUUACUUUCUUAGUGGAGGUUUUUAAUGCAAUCCAGUAUUUUUCUAUUUCACAAUGAUAUGGUUAUUUAUCUUUCAGAAUCCCUCCAAAACUGAAGAUUUAUAUUGCUGCUGGUUUAAGGCCCAGCUUCUUGUUUAUACAUUUUCUCUUUGAGCUCUAGGAUGAUUCUAUCUAGCAUGUAAUUAAUAUUUGAUCUGGAAUUGAUGUAUUUAUUUUAUUUAUUUUUACUCGUGGGGUGCGUUCCAGCAUAAAGCCAUUUGUUAGCAAGCACAUCCUUAUGUGAAGUUCUAGCAGAAACGUGUUUUUCUUCUGAUAUGACUAGGAAGCAGGCCAAAGUAUCUUUUGAUUUAAAUGUGCUUUGGUAGAUGGAGGAUCAAGCCAACUUUUUCCACCAGAAGGUGUCAAAGGCAGGGAAGGAUGCUUGUAAAUGUGUGGCAUCCUAUGCAC